AUGGCCAACGGCAAGACCAUCAUGAGUGCGGGAGCUAUUAAUGCCUCGUGGGCAUUUGCGGAAGACCCAGAGCGUACCUGGCACCUCACAUUUCAGGUCAUCGAUGGUUUUGCUCUAGGCCUCGUCCUAGGAAGCGAAUUCCUCAAAUCGUCAGGCACAAUGAACCAACACCGGGCUCGUCUUAGCAUGAUCCCUCGACCUCAGUGGGCUACAUCGGUUCUCUUCACAAGCAGUAUUGGAUCUAUAAAAGAGCGGCUGCGAGGGACAAUCAAUGGUAUCGAGGUCCAGGCACUUGCGGACUCAGGAUCAGAGUCAAGUCUCGUUUCGCUCGACUUUGCGCGCCGUCGUAGAGAUUGGCAUGCAGAUAUUGAUUGGAGUGACCAGCGUCUUUUGCGUUUCCCUGACGGCAAGUUUGAAAAGACUAUGGGCUCCGUAUCAGCAAUCUGGGCGUACGAGAGCCACUCUUUGGGCUCGGCAUCAGCAACUUGGGCGAACGAGAGCAGUAUCCUAUUUCACAUUCUUGAGAGUUGUGUUCAUGAUGUCAUCUUAGGUCAAGCUGCGCUCGAAGCGAUUGAAGCUUUCACUGAGCAUGCUUCUUCGUUUAUCGAGGUCGAUGAAAUCCCAGCGCCGAUGGAGUUCAACUUGGUCAUAUGGGUACCUGCCAAGCGACCGAAGUUCGACCAAGCCACGGAUACAGGCGCCACGCCUUCGCAGAACCAGCAGACCUCAAACGAGCAUCAAGAGCUUCCGCUCGAAAGCCAGACUUCGGAAAAUCACACGGGACUGGGUACUUCUCUGUUCAGCCCUAGCUUCAUGUGGGCUGAGUUGAAGAAGAAGGGGAAAGCAAACAAAGAAUUGAACAUAGAACGUUGGCUACGACCUACUGCUGGGUGGCCCAAAAGAGACGCUACAAUUGCAAAGGAAGAACACAGAAAAAACACAGAAAAACAAACCGGCGACCCGCCUCAGGGUCAUAGGGGUUCUGAAUUAUCAAAUUUCAUGGCAAGAGAGAUGGAGUUCGAGGCCAGAACCAACCAAGAUUCGCGUAAAUCAAGGUUCUUGUUUCGCUGA